GUAAACGACAAGUUUUGCGAUCGGGAUUGUCGAAUGUAAGCCCCCGUCAGAUGUUUGCAGUUCAUGCUACGAACAAAUCAGCCUAAGUUCUGUCAAUUGAUCUACGGGAUGUGGCCGCAGUCAGCCAACCAUGGUUCCCCAAUGCAGUGACAUCAACCAUCGAAGAGAAUCGAACAUCUCCGGAGUCAUUGUUCCAAUCCAUACAUCAAUUCAUACAUUUCCGAGACACAAUCCUUUCACCCUCGUCUAGGCGCUGAGUCAGCACCUCCGCCGCUUCCGAUCGACAUCACGACUCCGAUCCUUUCAGGGGACUUCAGGGGUUUGGUUGCAAUAUCUGAGCCCCAGGCGGCCCCUUUCAUUGUUGUUCAAAUGGACAUCUACUAUGCUGAACCAGCACCAAAUCAAGCGCAAGCCUCUUCCGCAAGCUGACGAUGAUGGCACUAUCCGUGGUGUUAUCAGGAUCUCGCCAUGCCCAACACCAACUCCCUCGGAGAAGCCCCCACUCCUAGACACACCACCACCGCCAUACACUCCUAUGCGAUCCCCAUCACCACGGCCACCGCGACCCCAGCCAUCACAGACCAUCCCCACCCGCGCUGCAACUACCAUCCAUGAUCUUGCCCCAGCAACAUCCCCCGCACCGAGCCUCCCCCGCACCACCACGGAUCUUUCGGUCGCGCAGAAAGCCUACGGUGAAGCGCGUCACUUUCUAGGCGGACUGCUCAAUCAUCCUACGGAAAGUACCAAACAUGUCAGUAUUCUGCGCCACUCCUCCGGUGUGGUCUUCUACCGGGGUAGCACCACCUCCGUGACCAUCUCCAUCUUCUCCGACUCCCCCCUUCCCGCCGACCGCACCCUCUAUCUGCAAUCGAAGGGAUGGACCGGCAAGACGGGCAUGCGCACCAAGGCCCUUCUGCGGCUUACCGAUGACUGGGUUGACGUGACGCCCUCCCAUGCGGUCCAGGCGACUCAGGUGGAGCCCGCGGAUGAGCGUGCGUGGCAGCGCGACAUUGCGAAAUUCCGUAAAAGGGCACCACCUAAAGUUCGCGAAACGCACCAUCUGCGAGAGACCAUCGUGGCGAGGAUCCCUGCCGAGGCGGGUGAUGGCUACUUCCAACUCGUGCUGUGUGGGAACGGCAAGAAGAAGGUACUCUGCUACAGUCCGGUCUUCCGAGUCCUGUCCACGUCCCUGAGUCCCAGCUCGUGUCGGGGCGCCAGUCUCUCCACCAUGCCCUUGGAGGUUGGUGCGAUGGUUCUCGGGAUGUACGUUCAGACGGCCGCCGAGGCCGUCAUCGCCCCCGUGACCGCCGCGGUCCAGGAUCGAAUCCAGCCGUACAAACCGAGCUGGAAAACGCAGACGGCUGCUGAGACGGCAUAUUCGAUGAGCGGGGCCGGCGACCGCGUGAAUUCGUUGGUGUCCGUUGGCUCGAGGCCCACAACCACCGGCAAUCAUUCAGUGGCGGGAGAAUACCAGCCUAUCUCCUUGGAUCUUGGUCCACAGCCACCAUUUCCCGUGGACUUCACGGCAUCGCGCGUGGAACCCGCAGCAGGUGGGGAUGGAACCAGGCACCGGCUGGGCAAAGUUCCCGACAUGGUCCAGGAUCAAUACUACGGGAUUUUCUUCGGCUGGGCGCGAGUCUGCCAAUCUGUUGCGCAGGUACCUCAACCAGGGGGGACAACAAAUUCGUCUCCUUAUGACCACCAGUGGCAAGGCAUAAUCCUCUCCAUCCUCUCGUAUAACCCGGCCCAUGAAGCACGGGUGAACCUCUCGCGCGCGAGGAGCAGGGAGACCACCAUCCGUUUCUUGGACGACUCUCCGCCACUUGCACCACAGUCACGUCUCCAGGUACGGAUCAUGAGCUAUCUCCGCCCAGACUUGCCGCCCGCGAUCGGUAACACACAGAGAGAGCUGCAGGCGGCGCGCGAGGCGGCAGCCGAGGCGGCCAUGAUAGCUGAUGCGUGUGAUGUAGCGUAUGCACAGGAGGUGCUAGGGCAUGCUGCUUGGGGUGCCGAGGGGCAUGGUCUGCGUGAUGGUGGCGAAGGGAGUGGGCAAGCCGGCACCUGGGUGCAGAGAACCCGCGAUGGGGUCACAAAUAUCAGGUACCAGGGCCAGAGGAUGGUGGAGAAUGUGCCUCUGCAUUGGAUCGGGGUGCGGGGGCCGAAUGCCGGUGCGGUUGAGAAGCAGAUGGCGUUGAAUGGGUUCUACAUUGUGCGGGGGUGAUUGCUCAGAGCAUCAGAAUCAUGUGUAUAUGCUGCAAUUACUCUAUAUA